ACAAGGGCUGAACAACAGCACGUCCUUCUGGAUCAGCCUGCUGCGUGAUCACUGGGAGUGGACGGAUGAAGGAUGGUCUGAAUACAGAAACUGGAAGAGUGGUCAGCCUUAACUAUCAUCAAACUGUGCAACACUGAAAAAAUGAAAUGGUCUUCAGUGCCAUGCAGUAAUCAAGCUCAGCCUUUUCUGUGCUACAACAAUGUUCUCUCCUCUCAUUGGUCAGUCUGACACAUUUGAUAAUCAGCUCUUGCUCACAGCUCACACUGUGACAUCAGCAGGAUCAGUUUUAUGCUUGUGGUUUGAACAUUUUUAUCUCACUCAACAGCGAGCCCUUCAUCAGACUAUAAGCUCCACACUGGUGGGAGUGUUUGCUGUUACUAUUGGAAUGACCCCCAACUUCCUCCUCCUCCUCUUCCUCUCAGUUUUUUCUCCUGCAAAUCAAAGUGGUCUCAGAACUUUCCACAUCACUGUGAAGAGAAUGAAUCAGUCUGAAGCUCGAGCAGCUUGCAGAACAAACUACACUGACCUGGUCACUGUGUACAGGGAUGAAGACAACACUCUACUCACUAACAUGACUAGUAACGAUCCUGCCUGGAUUGGUCUGAACCGCAAUCAGUUCAGUGAUAAAUGGUCUAACGGAGAUGAUGUUACAUUCAAUAAUUUGACAGCUGUCUGUGGGUCAGGGUCCUGCUGUGCUGCUAUGAAGGCUGAUGGUUCAUGGGAAAGUCUAAAGUGCACAGAGAACAGAACAUUCAUGUGUUAUAAACAAGAUCCUGACCUCACUCUCAAGUAUCAUUUAAUCUCUGAGAAUAAGAGCUGGUAUGAAGCUCAGAGUUACUGCAGGAAGAACUACACUGACCUGGUCAGCAUCAGAGAUCAGAACCAGAAUGAAGCAGUGAGAACAGAAGGGCUGAAGAGCGACACGUCCUUCUGGAUUGGCCUGUUGCUUGAUGACUGGGAGUGGACUGAUGGAGGACGCUCUGCCUACAGAAACUGGGCGACUAGUCAGCCUCGAUCACCAUCAGACUGUACAGCACUGAAAAGAGAAAAAGAGAAAUGGUAUUCAGUGCCAUGCAGUAAUAUUUAUCCUGCUCUGUGCUACAGCACAUUAAUGCAUGUCAGUGAUGACACUAUGAGCUGGGAAGAUGCUCUGGGUUACUGUCAAGAUAACGGAAUUGGUUUGCUGCGCAUUCAGUCUGAGUCUGACCAGAAAGAGGUGGAGUUUGAGCUCAGGAGGAGGAAUGUCUCUGGAAUGUUGUGGGUGGGGCUUGGACAGAGUCAGCUAUUUGGCUUCUGGAUGUGGACUGGUGGGAUUGGUGUGGGUAACUGGACCAACUGGGCAGGAGGGAGACAACCAGAGCCUCCACUGUCCCACCACUGCGGUGCCAUAGAUACAGAGAAAGGUUUCAAAUGGAAAGAUAAAGACUGUAGAUCUAAAUUCAGAGUUUUAUGUGAAUAUAAAAAAAAGUUCUAACCAAUCCUCUGCACUGUGUUACACAUACGCAAAUAAAUACAGGCAACACAGGUUGAAUGAAUUACGUUUUAUUAAUAUUCGACUCCCAGUAAACCUUGCAAUGAUUUAAAUAAUACAGUUUAAUGCUAAUAUUUUAUUUGAAUGAAAUUAUUGUUUAGUAAUCUUUCUUUCUUAGAAAGUUCUUUCUUUCUUAGAAGGUUCUUGAGAACCUUCUCACUUCUCAACAUAAAGCUUUGUUUAACCCCUUAAAAAUUGGCCAGGCUCACCUGGGGGUCAGAAGUUACACUACACACUUCUAUAUCUUAAAAUCCUUGUAGUUACUGAAGAAUAAUUAUUAGUAUAUAAUAAGCCUGAGAGGCCUUUUAAGAGGUUAAUCAAAACAUAAAUGCAGGUGAUGAUCACAGGAAACAGGAUAUAUAGAUUUGAAUAGAUGUGUUUUCAAAAAAACAUUUUAUCUUGUGUUAAUCAUGUAAAGAUUGUUUUGUUGGUGAUUUAAAGUGUUUAUAAUAUUGUCUUGAUUUUAAUCUUAUUGUUCUU